AUGAAGAGGACGCGAGAGCCCUCUGAGAAGUCCAAGAAGGCGAAGAAAGCUAAGCUAGGAGAAUCCUCUAGAUCAAGACCCCCAGUUCCUCUGGUUGGCUCUCCAGGUAAGUCUGUAUCUCUCCCUCCCUCAGUCAAAAUUAAACCAAUUGCUUCUUCUCUUCCCCAAACAACUCCCAUAUACACCUCUACUGAAACUCCUCCCUCAACCACCAGAUCUUCUAACCCACCUUCUCUAAAAUUCAAGCUCGCCACCACAACAUUACCAGUUUCAGAAGCAAAAAUGCUGAAUGAAACCACCUCACCAUCAUCAUCACCAUCUCCUCAAUCCCCACCUUACUACGAACUCUCCUCGGAUAUUGAACCAUCUGACCCUAAAUCCACCACUCUGGCUCAGCUCCAAGCCCGUGCUUUGGCCUCUCAACAACCAUCACAUCCUGAACCUAAACCAGAAGUCACUUCCCCUCCUCCGGAACAUCCAAAUCCAACCACAUCUGAACCACCUCAAACACCACCUGCACAACAACCAACCCACUCUGAACCACAACCAACCCAACCACCAUCUGAACCAACCUCACAACCUGAACUAUCCUCACAGACCCACUCUGACAUACCACCACCCAUCAUUCCACUGACCCAACAACUCCCACACUUAAUCUAA